UAAACUCUUAUUGAAUUCAUGUCUACUCCAUAACCUUUGUCGGAGUACGGAAUAUUUACGCAAUUAGAUGAUUUUUACUCUAAUCCACUUUUACCUCAAAAAAACCCAUUUUUGCACAAACCCUUCCAAAACCCUUAAUUUCACCAUAAACCUCUAAACAAAAUCAAACUCCUAAUUUCAGCAUUUUUCACUCUCAAUGAAACAAUUCCUUCAAACAUCCCUUCUCACCCAUCAUCUCAAACCUUCAAAACAAACCUCUCUGUACUCAUUUCUCCGACAUGCUCACCGGAAAACCCAGAAAAAACAGCCCCCAAAACCAUCGCCUCCACCAACACCACCAAAACCGCCGAAAAAGGCGGAGAAGAUGACGGCGCCACACGGCGAAACAUGGGAGGAUGACUACAGUUGGAUGUCCAAGCUUAACGACAAGGUGGCUAUGCGACACAUGGAUGUUUACAUGGAACAAGAAGAGAAGUACACUGAAGCUGUCUUAUCUGAAACCCAACACCUUCAGAACAAACUUCAGUCUGAGAUUGCUUCUCGCUUGCCUUACGAUCUCUCCUCUUCCCCCUUUCGUUGGGGUCCCUGGUUGUAUUAUAGAAGGGUUGAAGAAGGAAAGCAAUUUCCAGUGUUAUGUCGUCGAUUGGCAAGUUUAAAUGAAGAGUUUAUAUCUAAUAUGUCUCCGUUUUCCGGGUUUGAUUUCACGUCUGGUAAAAGGAUUGAACAGAAGUUGAUUGAUUACAAUCAGGAAGCUGAGAGAUUUGGAGGUUAUGCUUUUGAGGAACUGUGUGAGGUGUCACCUGAUCACCGCCAUAUUGCCUAUACUAUGUAUGACAAAGACAACGAUUUUUUCAAGUUAUCUGUGAGGGACUUGAUUACUGGUGCUUUGUGUGAUAAGCCACAGGCUGACUGGGUUUCGAAUGUGGCAUGGACCAAGGAUGGGCAGUCACUGUUUUACGUUGUCACUGAUCACUAUAAACGGCCUUGCAAGCUGUAUUGUAGCAUCCUUGGAUCAAAUGAUGAUGAUGUCUUGCUUCUUGAAGAGCCAAAGGAGAAUGUCUAUGUUAGUAUUCGGCACACUAAAGAUUUUCAGUUUGUGACUGUAUAUAUAUUCUCAACUACAGUUUCAAAGGUGUUUUUGAUAGAUUCUGCCAACCCUUUGUCAGGGAUGACAUUAGUUUGGGAAGGUGACCCAUUUGUCCAUUGUGUUGUUGAGCAUCAUCGAGGAUACCUUUAUUUGUUCACAGAUGCCGCAAAGGAAGGACAGCCAGUUGAUAAUCAUUAUCUUCUCCGCUCACCUGUUGAUAUUGCUCCUGGUAAUAGAGUGUGGGAGAGUGUAUUUGUUGAUGACCCUAAUAUGGUCAUCGUGGAUGUUGAUUUCAAUGACACACACUUGGUACUUAUUUUGAGGGAAGGUCAGACUUUAAGGCUAUGUACGGUUCCUCUACCUUUGCCCACUCAUAAGGCAGCAAUUCGUUUGGUGGAGCAUAGUCCACGUUUCCUUCCUUUGCCGAAGCAUAUUUGUGAAAUUUUACCCGGGCCAAAUUAUGAUUUCAAUUCAUCCACAGUUCGCUUUACAGUUUCAUCUCCACUGAUGCCUGAUGCAGUGGUUGAUUAUGAUCUUAUGAGUGACAAAUGGAACAUUAUUCAGCAACAAAAUCUGCUUCAUGAGAGGACAAGAAUUCUAUAUGGAAAAUCCUCUACUUCACUAAAUGACAGAUCACCAAGUUCUCUUCUUUUUGAUCCUGAGGAAAAUAAGCAUAAGGAUGAGGAAAAUCUUUGGAAUGACCUUUCUGAGUUUUAUGCUUGUGAACAACAUAACGUCUGCUCACAUGAUGGGGUCAUGAUACCAUUGACUGUCGUUUAUUCACCCAGAAACAAAAAAGGAAAUCAGAACCCUGCAUUACUUCAUGGGCAUGGAGCUUAUGGCGAACUGUUAGACAAACGCUGGCGCAGUGAACUAAAAAGUCUUCUUGAUCGUGGUUGGCUUAUUGCAUAUGCAGAUGUCAGAGGUGGAGGUGGCAGAGGUAAGAAGUGGCACCAUGAUGGGAGACGCACUAUGAAAUUAAAUUCCAUCCAAGACUUUCUUUGUUGUGGCAAAUUCCUGGUUGAGGAAAAUAUUGUGGAUGAAAACAAGCUUGCUGCCUGGGGUUAUAGUGCUGGAGGGCUAUUAGUUGCUUCAGCUAUUAAUGCUUGUCCAGAGUUAUUCCGUGUUGCUGUGCUGAAGGUUCCAUUCUUGGAUCCAACAACCACCCUUCUGCAUCCUAUAUUACCCUUGACUCCAGUUGAUUAUGAGGAAUUUGGGUAUCCAUUUGAUGUUGAAGAUUUUCAAGUAAUGCAGAAAUACUCUCCUUACAAUAAUAUUAGAAAUGACACAGUUUAUCCAGCUGUCUUGAUUACCUCAUGUUUCAGCACAAGAUUUGGAGUAUGGGAAGCUGCAAAAUGGGCUGCACGUGUCCGAGAACGUACGGUAUAUGAUCCAGCUCGACCUAUUCUGCUUAACUUAACAACUGAGAUAGUUGAAGAGAACAGGUACAUGAGAAGUAAGGAGUUGGCCUUGGAGACUGCAUUCCUUAUGAAGAUGAUGGAGUUAUAGCUGUUCAUCAUGGUUCAGCAAAUUAUUAUUAUAAUAUUAUAUAGGCAGGCAAAGAAAACAAGACUGUUUUCCUUAACUUGGUCCUGUUUUCUCGAAGAUUGGUCGAAACCUGAUCUACUGAGAAGUGUCACAGGAUUUCCUGCACUACUUAGCUCCCUUGGUUGUUUCAUGUCUUGUAUCUCUGUACAUAAUAAGUCCCAGUCGAUCCCUAAGAUUGGAUAAAAAAAAUCCAAAUCGCAAGAGUGGGAAAAUUCAAACUGCCGCCAUGUAUGCAAAUUUUCAGAACAAUUACUCCGGAAGCACUCGUGGUCCCAUUCUUUGGUCAAUAAUUAUUAUUGAUCACUUAUGUGAUUGACGUAUAAGAGAGCUUUUGUAGUUCCAUGUUUUGUAAUUGAUUGGACCAACAAAGUUUUGUAGCAACAUAAGAAGUCUUUUUGGAAAGAUAUCAUUAAUCAUUACAAUAAUCCUAUAUUAUGUAUAAUGUUCAAUUUAUGAAAAGAUGAUCUUGUUGGUGGAUUCACUUUUUUAA